GGAGCCGGGAGCGGGGCCGAGGCGCUGAGACGCGGCGGCGCGGCUGCCGGCUGGAUGGGAAGUUAAUGUUUACCGCGAAGUCCACCCAACGUUUCCAAGGUGGCGACAGACAAGGUUGCAGAAAAGCUGAGUUCUACUCUCUCAUGGGUGAAGAACACAGUAUCACAUACAGUCAGUCAGAUGGCCAGUCAGGUGGCAAGUCCAUCUGCUUCAUUACACACUACAUCCUCAUCUACCACACUAUCAACACCAGCCCUGUCACCAUCUUCCCCAUCACAGUUGAGUCCAGACGACUUAGAACUCCUGGCUAAACUGGAGGAACAAAAUAGAUUGUUAGAGACGGAUAGUAAGUCUUUAAGAUCUGUAAAUGGGUCAAGAAGAAACAGCGGCUCCUCUCUUGUAUCAAGUUCAUCAGCCUCUAGCAAUCUCAGCCACCUUGAAGAAGAUUCUUGGAUUCUUUGGGGAAGAAUUGUUAAUGAAUGGGAAGAUGUACGCAGAAAGAAGGAAAAGCAAGUUAAGGAACUUGUUCGUAAAGGGAUACCCCACCACUUUAGAGCAAUAGUUUGGCAGCUUUUAUGCAGUGCACAAAGUAUGCCAAUUAAGGAUCAGUAUUCAGAACUUCUCAAAAUGACAUCACCUUGUGAAAAGUUGAUCCGAAGGGACAUUGCUAGAACUUAUCCUGAACACAAUUUUUUUAAGGAAAAAGAUAGCCUUGGGCAGGAGGUUUUAUUUAAUGUAAUGAAGGCAUAUUCUUUAGUGGAUCGUGAGGUUGGUUACUGUCAAGGAAGUGCUUUUAUAGUCGGAUUGCUGCUUAUGCAGAUGCCAGAAGAAGAAGCUUUCUGUGUAUUUGUUAAAUUAAUGCAGGAUUAUAGACUUCGUGAACUUUUUAAACCAAGUAUGGCAGAAUUGGGCCUUUGUAUGUACCAGUUUGAAUGCAUGAUACAGGAGCAUCUUCCAGAGCUCUUUGUACAUUUUCAGUCUCAGAGUUUUCAUACCUCAAUGUAUGCAUCAUCCUGGUUUCUUACUAUCUUUCUUACAACUUUUCCACUACCAAUUGCAACAAGGAUAUUUGAUAUCUUUAUGUCUGAGGGUUUAGAAAUAGUGUUUCGAGUAGGACUAGCGCUUCUUCAAAUGAAUCAGACAGAACUGAUGCAACUUGACAUGGAAGGGAUGUUACAGCACUUUCAGAAGGUCAUUCCACAUCAGUUUGAUGGUGGUCCAGACAAAUUAAUACAAGCAGCUUACCAAGUGAAAUACAAUUCAAAAAAAAUGAAAAAGUAA